UUACAUAACUGCAGCAAUGUUUGACUUUCCUGUUUCUGUGCUGGAAUCAAGUGGUCAUCUGGACUUUUGCAACCCAGCCAUGAUAGCCCUACCAAAACUAUACCCAACCUGAUACAUAUUCUUUGAUUACACUAGAAUUAGUCAUUUUUAAAUAGAGGGGCAAUGGGAGUGGAAGUGUGUGAUAUCAGGAGGCCAUUAACGUGAGGGAAGCUAGUACAAAUAGUUCCAUAUCAUCAUGGACACAUUUCACAUUUCCUUUCUUUGGCAGAUUUUCCCUGGAGCAGAAGGAUGGCCCUUUCCAAAAUAUUUUGGAUCUUGUGGCCGUCUAAUAGUGACAGCCAGUACUAGACCUCUGAAGGAAUUUUAUGGCUCAUCUUCUGAUGUGACAGCAGAUCUAGCUCUUCAACUCCUCGCUAUUAUUGAUUUCAUGAUGAAUAACGACCUGAACUAUUUCUUCUACUUUACUCAUGUUGAUGCUGACACAUUUGGUGUUUUCAACAAUGGACAACUCUUUAUCCAGGAUGCCAGCAUGCUAGGAGUCAUUGACAAACAAGAAGGCAGAGACUUGAGGAAAAGAGAACAGAAAUACAAGGAUAUAUUUAGCUGUUUGGCUGCAGAUUGUGAGUCUGUGCUCCCCUCAUGUAAUUCCAUCAAGGAAAGCCAGAGCCUCAUCAUGGUAUGUGAGAAACUUUUGCCUAACCUCUUAAAAGAAAAAUUCCAAUCACCUCUGCAAGAGAAGAUUGACAGCGCUUUGAAUAUCUGUGCAGAGAGUUUUCUUACUGACCAAGAGAUUAUCACAGCAACUCAACUGCUAGUCAGCAUUUUGAAACCUUUGCAGAUCUGUGAUUCCCGCUUUGUUUACCGAUAUCCUGACUGCAAAUAUAGCACACAACUCUAAAUGAAUAUUUUCUUGGAAUGUUGGAGCUAUAAAUACAUGCUUCUUCUGUGGUGGAAGUUGAAAGAAUGGACUCACCCAACAAAUUCUUCAGAAUGUGAGCACUGAAUUUGUUCUGGACAUUCACUGCCUUCCAGAUUAAAAGCCUGUGGCUAUUUGGUUUACUUUUUGAAGGCUCACAAAGUUAGAAUUGUAGUAUCCAUGUGAUUACAUAUGUCAAAACUACAUAUUAUUGGUCUUAUUCUAUCAUUUUGUAUUUAUUUCUACUUUCUGAAUUUCAAGAACGUAUAUCUCUCACAGGGUGUCUUGGGGAGCCAACAUCUUUUCAAAGAUAUAUUGGACCUUUCUUAAAGCAUUCGCUGCUUCCUAUCCAUUCUAUUCAAUCAUUCAAAGCAACUAUAGAUUAAAUUCCAAAUGAUUUAUACAAGAUCAUUUAUUCCACUCAGGAUAGCAGCCUCCCCAUUCUAUCUAUAAAAAUAGGGGAAAAAAAUUAAACCCUACAUUAGAAGGAUAAAACUACACUUGAUCUGCAGCAGUGUCAUGUCCUCUGUUUGAAUUAGUUCUUUUUCAAAGGGGGUAGGGAGCAAGGAAGAGGAAUUGUAGGUAAUCUACCUAGCUGUCCUUGAGUUCUUCCAUUAUUACAUAUUUCCAGGGUUGUUCUUAUUCUUUUCUUCCUUUUUAAAAUAUUAGAUAAUACAUAUGUUUAUCUGUUAACAUUUGAAAUGUAUUAAAUGUGACCUCAAGUUCUGAUAAGAAAUAAUUUUGUCCAAUCACAAAAAGUAUGAAAAGGAAAUUUUGGAGUCCUGCUCUUCUGGAAGAUGAGAAAGAGAGAGUACACAAAUGGAAACAGUUUAAUAUUAAAUAUUGAGGAGAGAGAGAGAGAGAAUUUUAUGAUGGUCCUAGACCAGAGUUACACAUUGAAAAAAAUAAAAACAAAACAUGAUAAGAAUGUUGCAAUUGGUGGUGGGUUCAUCAGUGGGCAGUCAAGGUAUGUCUAAUUUUACAAGGAGUAUAACAGAAUUUGGCCACGUUCAAGGAAACUAAAUCAUGCUGGUCUGAUAACAACAACUGUACAUAAAAAAAGUUCCAAAUUUCCUGGGUGUUUUACCAGGUAAGGAGUUAUAAGGCAAGUCUGAGGAUCUUUAUAGAGGGUACAGUAUAGCAGGACAUGAGCUGUAGUUUCAAUAGUCCCUUGUCUGCAGGGGCAGAAUUUUAGCUCAUGGGGAACGUUUUUAUAUCGGUCCUCCAAAAUUGCUGUGGGGAAAACAUUGAAGCAUGCUAAAUUUAGUGCUCUUUGGAAUUUGGAGAUGGUUAUAUGAUGUAAAUAUCUUAAUGAUUUGAAAAAGGGGGUUUGACAUCUCAGAAAAACAUUCUUGGGUAGAGAAGACUGGUCCUGUUGGGUUUCACGUCUUUAGUAACUUAAGUAUACUUUAUGGGAUGAGGUAGGAGCAUGACAAAAGUGGUUUUGGGCUAGAGGAAUUAUGGACUACAAUUAAAAGAACAGAAUGGAGGUAGGGUAGUCAGGUUUGAUAAGGAAGAUGGGAAAAGCCAGAAUUUGAUUUCAAUAGGAAGGAUGAGUAAUUUUAGAAAGCUGUUACUAAUGAAUUAAUUCUGGCAACAAUAGAAAUGGUUUGAUGCUGAACUUAGGAAUAGUCCAAAUACAUGGAGCAAUAAUGCAGAAAGCAGUGGACAUGAGAUAGAAAUUUUUAAAAAGUUGACAAACACAUUUGCAUUUCUUCUAUAAUAAUAGUAACACACUUAAAUAUAAUGUGAUUUUACCUGCAAUUUGGAAUACUCUAAAAUACUUCACUGACACAAUAACUUGGUACUAUUUUUCUAGAGUUUUUUCUCAAGUCUGACAGAAGGUUGAAGCUGAGAGAUUUCAGCAUGGAUAUGGUGCUUAAUAGGUUCACAGCGGAGGUGGAAUUUUAAUGGGAAACUUCUUCCUGACUCCCAGCUCAUACUUUUGACCUUUUUGUGAACUGGAUUUCAGCUACAUUCAUCACAGUGUUCUUUUUAAUAUAAGUAACAUAGAAUUCAGCUAUUCAGUUACUUUACCAUCUACUUCUGAAGCUGCCAUCUUUCACUGCCUCCUGGAAGAAUCCUUUACCCCUGAAAGCUGUGAUUGUGCACUUUUCUCCAUCCUACUUCUCCUAUACUGAAACAUACUAUUCACUACUUCUAAAAACACAAGAACCCUGUCUGACAUAAAUAAAAGAGAAUCCUGGAUGUAAAUGCUCAAUCAUUUUGCUGGGAAAUUAUUAAUAGAAGGAAAUGGGGGCAAUGCUAAAGAUCAGGCAUGAAAAUUGACAUGUUUAUAUGUAUAGUACACAGAGUUUUCAUUUUAAAAGCCAUACUUGGCUCCAAUUAAAUACAUUUUCUUGUACUGCAGAUAAUUCAAAUGGCCUUUUACCUGUAAAGAAAUAAGCACAUUUUAAAGUUAACAUAGAAUCAUCUUUAGCUAAAACCCUGAAAUAAACUAUGCUGGUAAUAAAAAAAAUUGAGCACUAUUAUCCGUUUAUGAGCUGAAAUUUAGCAUGAUGCCAC